GAAGCGAGAAUGGGGUGUCCUGUGUGGAUGUUGGCUUUGGCUAUGCUGUGUGCAAGUGGCACAGGGGUUCGAGCCCAGUGCUGGGAAAACACUGGCUGCAAAGAUCUAAGCGCUGACAGAAAUAUCCUGGAAUGCAUCAAGCUGUGUAGAUCUGAGCUUACAGCAGAGUCUCCUAUCUACCCCGGUGACGGCCACCUCCAGCCCUUCUUGCUCGUUCCCAAUGAAAUUUCUGCUGCCACGCUUUCCACUCCACAAGAAGAUGAAGCUCCAGAGUCUGGUCCACAGCAUGAAGACAAGCGUUCCUAUUCCAUGGAGCACUUCCGCUGGGGUAAGCCCGUGGGUCGCAAGCGCCGGCCAAUUAAGGUGUACGCCAACGGGGUGGAGGAAGAGUCAGCCGAGGCCAUGCCGGCGGAGAUCAGGCGCGAGUUAGGUGCUGUCGAGGACAGCACCGUCAGCCAGCAAGAAAAGAAAGAUGGUGCCUAUAAGAUGAAUCACUUUCGCUGGAGUGGUCCACCAACCAGCAAACGCUACGGAGGUUUCAUGAAGUCUUGGGAUGAACGCAGCCAAAAGCCACUGCUUACACUUUUCAAGAACAUCAUCAACAAAGACGGACACCAGAAGAAGGACCACUGAAGAACUGUUCAGUAACAUCAACAUUAUGUAGAAAGAUACUUAUUUGUUC